AUGAUUACAGUAUUUGUGUACUACUUUGGUAAGAAAGACAGUUUCCAGCAGUUAGAACCAAAGAAAAAUGAACCACCAAAAAAAAAAAAAACUACUGCCAAAAGGAUAAUCUACUUUGUUGAUGGAGACACCUUGGCAGAAUACAGCUCAGAAGAGGAGGAGGAGGAGGAAAAAGAGGGUCAAAGCCUGAAUUCAACCCUUGACCCUUCUAAACUUUCAUGGGGGCCCUAACUACGGUUUUGGGCAGGACGAAUAGUAAGCGCUUCAUUUUUUACAUGUGAAUUCCUUGGUGGAAGAUUUGCUGAGUUCUUUGGUCUUCCUCAACCCAAACAUCAGUAUGUGUUAAGCAAGUACUAUAGAAUACAAAAUAAGGAAAGUGACAAGAGAAGUGAAGGGAAUGGAUCAAAGGCCAAGGCAGCUGAGAUUCCUAAUUAAAAGUGUCACUUGGAGGCUGGGGACCAAGAUUAUGGGACCAUAGGACAGGACACAGCAGAGGUCAUUCCUCAGUGA